CUCUGAACAACAUCAACAACCGCUCCUUUCUGCACCGAGGCGAGCAAAACGGCUUUAAAAGACAUGAUAGUCUGAGAUUUAGCCGCAGUCAUGUUUGAUUUGAAAGAAGGCUGGAAUCUGUCGUUCGCCGGAUGCGGGUUUUUGGGGAUUUAUCACAUCGGUGUGGCGAGCUGUUUGCUGGAGCAGGCGCCCUAUCUGAUCCGCGGGGCCACGAAGAUCUACGGAGCCUCGGCAGGGGCUCUUACUGCCUCCGUGCUCACUACAGAGGCUUGCAUAGAGAAAUGUUGUGAAGACGUCAUCAAUGUUGCCAAGGAGGCACGCAAGCGUAAUCUGGGCCCUUUGCACCCAACAUUCAACAUAGUCAAGGUGAUACGUGGAGGCCUGUAUCGCGACCUGCCGUCCAAUGCACACACACUCUCCUCUGGACGACUCUGUGUUUCGCUCACACGCGUCAUGGAUGGCCAAAACGUCCUGGUGUCUGACUUCAGCUCCAAAGAGGAGCUCAUCCAGGCUCUCAUCUGUAGCUGUUUCAUUCCUGUGUAUUGCGGUUUAAUCCCUCCUGCCUUCCGUGGUGUGCGUUAUGUGGACGGCGGCAUCAGUGAUAAUCUGCCCCAGUCAGAGCUGAAGAACACCAUCACUGUUUCUCCAUUCUCUGGAGAGAGCGACAUCUGUCCAAAAGACAAUUCCACCAGCUUCCACGAACUGCGUUUCACAAACACCAGCAUUCAAUUCAAUCUGGACAACGCGUACAGACUGAGCAAGGCCCUGUUUCCCCCAGAGCCUAAAGUGCUGGCAGAGAUGUGUCAGAGCGGGUAUAAAGACGCCCUACGGUUUCUCCAGGAAAACAAUUUGCUACAGGCAGCAUGUCCAGGAGUAGACAUGGCUCUGAUUCAGGCCACACCAACCUGCUGCUGCCCUGGGAAGAAGAAUCCAGUGGUGGAGGAAACGACCAAGGAGUGGGUCUUGCGGAGGCUCCGGCUCUUGAGGAAACACCACUGGUGGCUGGAUGAACAGAUUGUUGAUAACCUGCCAACACCUAUUAAGAAAGUUUUUUGCGACGCCUGCAGAGAAAAGCACGGUCUGCUGGCACAGGUGACUGGUUUGCUGCCAGUGCGUGUGGCGUCUUAUAUGCUGUUGCCGUACACACUGCCAGUGGAAUCCGCUUAUUCUGCAGCUCAGAGGUUUUGGGAGUGGAUCCCAGAAGUCCCUGCGGAUGUGCGCUGGCUUACUGAGGUGGCAGGAGGUGUUUACAGAUUGGCUUGGAAAGGUGCAGCAUCAGAAGCAAACAGCGGCGCCCCCUUGAGAAGAUGUGUUAGUGAACCACCAAUGGCGGAUUUACAGAUGCCCAUCAAGGACUGCACUGGACACAUACCUCAUUCUGCAAGCACCCUUGAUAGUUACAAGUGGACUUUUCCUAACAACAUCCAUACAACUUCCUCUAUCGACUGUCCAGAAAGUCCUGUCAGUGAGUCCAGGCAGAUGAGUUUCUUUGUUGGCUCACCAAAUAAUUAAGAGAAGCAAAUGGACCAAUGCUGGGGCUUAGUAAAUAUACAUGUAUACAUGACUGCCCUGGUUAUAUACAAGUCAUUCUGCAUAUUUUGGCAGUGGGAAAGACAGUUUGUGUAGACAAAAUCUUUGGAAUCCAGCGCCGAGUGUAAAUAUACAUGACAUGUCAAGCACUCCUAUUGUGACAUUUUGGACGUUCUCCAAAUGUGCCUUUCGUCUUUAUUCAGAACCAAAGAUGUGUUGAUCUGUUGUAUCAGCCUAUGUACUGUGGACAGUUUAUGCCAGAGUUUACAUUGCAAGUGGUGCUAAUACUUCUCUGCGACCUCAGAAUACUUUAAUAUGUGCCAUACAAGUCCAUGCCACCAAUAAAGAGAUUAAGACAAUG